AUGCAGCCAGCGUCCUUCGACGUAUUAUCGGAUGAUGCAUAUCAGGAACGGGUCUGGGAUACCCCGCAAAUCGGACAAUCACGCCAGAAACCAACUUUUGCCUGUAGUUGGCCAGGAUGUGGGCGCGUAUACGGAAAACGAGAGCAUCUCCAGCGCCAUGAGCGCGGCCAUGCCGGCGAUGUGAAAUACGAGUGUCCAGUAUGUAAAAAGCGAUUUGUUCGAAGAGAUGUAAUGACUCGACAUCUUUCUCUACACGGGUCUAGAGUGAAAGUUCCACGCAAAGUGUCAUGUAUAUCUUGCGUUAGCUUGAAGGUACGAUGUGAUGGACAACGAGGGCAAACUUGUAGCAAGUGCAGAACCUCAGGGCGGACAUGUGUAUAUCGGAACACAAAGGAAGAUUCAAUCCCUGACCAGCGAGUCCAAGAUCCCGAAGAAUCCUUCGUUGCUCAAGACUUGCCACUUGAUGUUCUGGCUGCAGCGUCUGAGUCCCAUCUUCUAGCUUCGGUUGAGCCGGGAUAUCAUAAUAUCAACACCAAUAUCCAAAAUCCGAUUUCAUUAUCAAUAACUGCCGAUACUUUCCCAUCAGUUCCAGUCGGAUCCCUUUUUGAAUUCCCCAUGGACCCCUCUGAAAGCUUCUUUGGGUGGGAUAUGGACGAAUCUGAGCUAGACACUCUCAACAUACCGCCUCUUGGUUUUAUUCCGACCGGUGACGUCCAACCUGGUACUUAUACAGCAUCCGGGGCACCAGAAAUCCGUGAAUUAAGUUCCAUGGAGCCAUCAGAAUUAAUUCGAGAUGCUCAGCCACCUGAUACGCCAUGGCCUCAUGUAUUUCGACCCAGCCAGCAAGACAAUCAACUCGACCUGCCUCCUCCUGUCAAUCAAAAAGCUCGAUUAGGUCUUCAAGGCCCAGUUAUUGAUGGAAUUGAGUACUCCACUCGCCAGGAAAUCAUUUCACUUAUUCACACCGCUCAUCGACCACAAUGGCCUUUAGUCGAUCUUUCCUUCUUUCCUUCAAACGAAACGCUGACCUCCUGUGUGAAUCUUUAUUUCCGCCAUUUCCACGAAACCCUCCCCAUAAUCCGCCGCUCUACCUUCCGCAAAACCGACGCACCACCAAUCCUCCUCCUCACAAUGGCAGCUAUCGGCGCAGUGUACUCACACGAUGGUUUAAGCGGGCUUGCAAUUGCCUUAAACGAGCUAGCACGUCGAGUGAUUUCACAUGUCCGCGAGAGCGACCAACGGGCAAUGUUUGAUAGGGUUUUCAUUCAAGCACUGCUCCUCCAAUCUGUCUUUGGGCUGUUUUGUGGCUCUAGAAUGCUUUAUCAACAUGCAGAGAUAAGUCGGGCUAGUCUUGUUACUGCAGCUAGGAGGAUGCACCUUCUGCGACCGAGUUUGUCGUAUGUUAAAGAACUCGAGAAACGGAAUACGUCGCCGAGUGCAGACGAGCUUCAGCGGGCGUACGCGGAUGAUGAUCGGCGGCGGAAUUUAGGUUGGGGGAUAUACCUCUAUGAUAUGCAGAUAUCCUCCCUUCUGAAUAUCGCACCUCUUCUCUCUAUCAGCGAGAUCAAUGUUCCUCUCCCAAUCGACGAGGAGACGUGGAAUGGAUCUAAUCCGGGCGAGAGAGUGAGUCCAGAGCACGUUCUGCAACAAUCGCCGAGCUUUCGAACAGUGCUGGAUUCAUUGCUCUCUACGGAGAAGUUGCCAGGGCCCUUGAGCUCGUUCGGGCAUUGUAUCGUGGCACAUACUCUAUAUAGGCAUCGGCUAAUGAAUGACAGGCUUUGUACCGAUGCCUCUGCAUUUGAUACCAUAUUUUCGAGACCAGCAAUGCCAUCGGAUACGUUGUACCGACUAGCAUUCCCAUCUACAUUUAAACAUAACCCCCAACAACUCCUCGACCAGUUAUCAGUCUACUGCCACGGGCUAUCUCACAUGCCAAACUCAUUGAUCGUCAGCGUCUCUGCUCUAUCACACCUCGGUCAUAUGCAAUUCACCUGGCCCGCAUUCUUGAACAAUAUCAAAGUCGCUGCCGGAAAGUCUGGGACUGAGGAGAGCAAAGCGGACGCUAGAAGCUGGCUACGAGCUCGUAUUGCGGAGGAUCCUUUGGGGUCUGAUUUUGACGACAUUCACGAGUGGGUGAAAAGCGGAGGGCCGGUGUGUUUCCAAGGACUAGGGGAUUUAUCUGAUCUUACAAGCUCUAAGAUACUAUCAAUUUUUAGUGAACGACUGGAGAAUAUGCCGUGGGGUUUGUCGCGGCGGUUUAAACAUGUCCUAAUGAUGUUGGAGCGGGAGUAA